CAUCAUUAAUAAACAGCAUUGAUCCACAACAACAACAACAACCGGAACAACAACAACAGCAGCGCCAGUAUAUAAGAUCAACAAUUGUUAUGAAAUGUUUGAAUCGAUUACAAUGGAAUCAGCAGCCAAUGAAUAAUCAUCUGAAUGGACAGAAAUUUCUUGCAAUCAUCAGUGAUUUUCAUCUUGAUCCAUCGUAUUCAUCCAUAUAUGAUGAUAAUGAAAAUAUUAUCGAUGACAUUGACAAUGAUGAUGAUGAUUGGAUUUCGAUUAAAAAAAUCAACAACAAUAAUCAUCAUCGUCGUGAUUAUCGUAAAACAAAACGAUCAAAACGUAGCCUUUAUCGUUAUAUCAGGAAUUUAUGGCAAGAUUUUCGCCGUAUUCUUACACAGGAUGAAGAUUAUUAUGAUGAUAAUGAUAAUGGUAAACAGCCAAAAAUUAAAACAACAAAAACAUCACGUGAUACAUCAUUCGAUGAUGAUAUGAUCUUAUCGAUGGAAAAUGAAAUGGAAGCCACCACAACGAAUAGAAAGUGCCAUUAUAAUAAUGAUAAAUAUUGGGAAGAUAAUACUGCUGCUGCUGCUGCUGCUGUUGUCGGUGGUUUAUCGUCCACAACGGUGAAAAAUAAAUAUUUUCUUUAUAAAUUUGGCAAAAAUUCUGCUUCUGCUGCCACAGUUUCCGAUGAUAAUGAACAAGGAUGUAUUGAUUGCAGUAGUAGUAGUAGUAGUAGUAGUAUAAGGGGCAGCAGCAGCAUAAAUCCAUUUUCGAAAAUUUCUUUACCAUUCUGGUUCAUACAACUAACGAAUGGAUCAAUUGUAGAGAUACGGUUUUUGAAACAAGAUACAAAUUUGUACAUAAAAAAUUGGAAAAAAUAUCUACUUAGUUUGCUGCAGAAUAAUAUGACUGCCACCACAGGAACCAAUGUGAUGGAAACAAAUCGGUUCGGUCCACAUCAUCAACAAGUUUAUUAUUAUCGUAAAUCAAACAUAUCGAAGAAUGCCAAAAUAGUCAAAAUGGAAAAACAUAUCAAAAAUUUCACUGAUAUUAACAAAAAUGAGCUUGAUGAUGAUGAUGAUGAUAAUGAUUCACCACCGAUCGCCAUGAUUGAUUCCGAUCAAACAAUUCUAUUUGAUCGUCACCAAUCGGCCAUCAUCGAUUCAGCUGGAAAUUAUUCAAUAAAAUUUAAUCAUCAAAAUGAACUUUGGCCAUAUAUGGAUGGUCAAUUGUAUUAUAAUCUAAAGAUGAUACCAUUCAUACAUGGUAAACAUGAUGAUACGGUUAAAUUGCUGAAUGAACAUUUUCUAGAAAACACCAAACAAGAGACACUUGUUGCCCAGCAAAAUGAACAUGAAUCAAUUUUGAUGGAAAAAUACACAAAAUUAUUAUGGAAAAUGCGUAGUAAAUUGGGUAAAAAUGAAUAUCGUUAUUACACCACUUUAUAUGAAGCAGCUACAAGCCGAAUGAAUAGCCAAGAACAUGAUUUAUUACUUACAUUGAUUACAUUGGAACAACAAUUGAAUCAUACGAUUCGUUCAUAUGAUUCUAUUAUCGGCGAUAUACGUCGUAUUGGUACGGCACAUAAUAUACAAUUAAUUUGUGGCGUGAAUCUCGGACAAAUUGUUUCGAAUGAAAAUUGUCAAGCAUUCAUCAUGUUGUUGUUGAAAUGUUCAUCGAAAACAGCACAACGUGACCUGUUAUAUGCAUUACAAAAUUCAAAUCAACCCGUUGCUGUAAAUCAAAAUUCAUCAGCAAUCCAAAAUGGUCAACAACUACCACAGAGAAAAAUUGGUCAAUUUGUAACAAGAUUAUUGCCAAAUACAAAUCGACCAUCACGUUGGUUUAUCGAAAAUCUUUUACAUGAAUUAUAUCGUCAUCAACAACAAAUGGCCACACCUGUUUCAGUAUCACUUUUACAAUCGUUAACAUUGUUAGCCCGAAAUGAACAGCUAAUUAAAUUGAAUGAAAUGCUCAGUGUUUUCAUCCUGAAACGUAUCGAUGAAAUUCUGAUGAUUUCAAAUGGAUCAAUGAAUGUUCCACAGCAGCAGCAGCUUUAUAUUGUCGAUCUAGUGAAAAUGUUGGGCAAUCUGAAUAAUUAUACGGCCAUUGAAUCCGUCCAUAGAAAAUUAAUGAUGAAUCAUUCAUCAUCACCCUCGUCAACGACAAUGACAUUUACAACUAUAGGUAUAAUACAUGCAUAUCGUGAAUCAAUCAACAGGUUACAAGUGCAAAAAUAUCUGAUGGAAAUGUUUGAAAAUUCACAUUCUCAUGGAUCAUCAUCAUCAUCAUCAUGUCAGAUACGACAAGAAAUUGUUCAAUUAUUAAUUAAUAAUGUAGACAGAAUUUUCUACAACGAACAACAACAAAGACCAGAGAAAAAACGUUGGCCAAAAUAUGAUUUCAAUCAGCUGGAUGAAAUUCUUGCUCAAAAUUUACGAAAUUCCAGUAAUAACUGUGUACAUCAUUUAAUAGUAGAAUAUUUUCAAAGAAAAACGAAUAAAAAAUCACACCAAUAUAUUCGUGAAUAUGAAUCAAAACAAAAUUAUGAUUCAGCCAGUUUUGAUUUUUGUAUUAGCGAAUCGAAUGAUGUUAAAUGUGAUUAUGUACAAAAAAUUGGCAAUGAUAUGAUCGAUAUGAUUGUCAAAAAAUCAAUUUCAACACCUAAACCUUUAUCGGCUAAUCAAUCAUUGUCAAUUAUUUAUACAAAAUAUUCAAUCGAUAUAAAUCUAUCAUCAUCAUCAUCAUCAUCACCAUCAACGUCGAGUAAUACACGUUUAACAUUAGGACAUUUGAAUGUUUAUCAAACCGCAUUCGCUCAUCAACAGCAAUUACGAAUGGAAUUUGAUAAUGUUUACAAUGCAGAAACAAUGUUAUUAGGUUAUUGGAACAUUACAGAAUUGACGAAUCGAACAAAACACGUAGAUAUCAUACAAAUUAAGUUGAACAUUCCGACAAUAAUAUUGUGGUCAAAACGUUAUCCUCAUCAAUUAGUUUAUACAAAAAUGAUGAAUGUUAAUAUAUUGAUUACAUUGAAGAAAUUGAUCGAUCCAAACACCAUUAAUCAUCAUCGUAAUCAACAACAACAACCAGAUCAACAUUUAAAUCACGCUAAAAAACAAUUGAAAAUUAAUUUCGAUAUUAAAACCAAUGUUGAAUUAAUGGCAACGAGUUUGGCAUGGAAAAAUAGCAUCGAAUUAGAAAGUCGAUUUCAAUAUGAAAGCAUACAGCCAAUUUCGACAGAUCAAUUCAAUAAUGAUCAUGGUGGUGGAAAUAGCCGUAGUCAUAAUCAUAAUCAUAAUGGUUUUGUCAUUGAAUCUGAUAAUAAUAAUCAAUCGUCAGCCAACGUCCAUCCAUUUACAGAGGAGUUAUUCAUAGAGAAUUCCUUACAAUAUCUUGGAUCUGAAUGGUUUCAUCAUGAAAUUGAAUUAUUUCGUGAAUUCAAUAAGAGAUUUGAUCCACAAUGUAAUACAUGGAUAGAUGAAUCAUCAUCCACAUCAUAUGGAUCAUAUCGGCAGACAAUUUCAUUUUGGAAUUCAACAUUAGUACAACGGAAUCUAUUGUCAUUAUCAUUGUAUGAAGGACAACCAGAUAUGGACUAAUCAAUCAACCAUUAUGGUAUAUUUGUAUGGCCCCAUGUUCAUUUGUUUCAUCAUCAUCAUCAUUGCUUAUUGUAAAUAAGAAUUUUGUUGUUGUUACAGCUGC